AUGUGACUGUCGUUUCACAUGACCUACAAAAAAUUGUCAAUAUUUUGUUCCAGGAAUAUUUCAGCAAGUUUACAAAGGCAGUUGAGCCGUUUCCAACGUCAACGUUAAGAUUCUGUACUUGUGUUUUGUGGCAGGGAGUAUACUAUCAUUAUAUAUGGAUGCUGUUCUGAAUGGUCAUAAAAGUAAUCAAGAAAGCAGAAAUGUCCAGUAAGGAUAUACAUUGGUUUCUUUGAUAGAGAUCUACAUUGUACUAAGAGAAGUAACAAGCACACAAGAUGAGUAAGUCCAAGCUGCGGCAAAAUGAGGCUCUUCCAAACCCAGCCUCACAUGAAGACAUCCUCUCGGCUAUUGAUAGCUUUGAACCUUCACCUGUCCAAGAGCGCAAUGUUAUGAUAACCAGUCAAACUGAAAAUGGAAUGGUAUUGGUUGAGGAUGCAACAGUUGCCAUAGAAACAGGGAAGAAAACAGAUAUGUUGAAUUCUCAAAACUCGUCAAGAAGAUCUAGUCAUUCUAACAGCUAUAGUGCUGAGUGGGAUAGGAUGUUCCAUUGUCCCAACUACUUGAAAGAUCUGAAGCUACAAGGUCUGGAGGGCAACUUACGUAGCAGUAGAUUCAGAAGUGUCUGUUGGAAGUUAUACUUGGAGACUCUACCAGAGAACAUCGAUGAUUGGAUCUCUGAGACACGCCAAAGAAGGGCUGACUAUGACCAUAUGAGGAGAAAGUACAUAAUUAAUCCAAGGUCAGAUAGCGUUGAGGAGAAUCUAGUGGUGAACAACCCUCUCUCUCAAAUUGAUGAGAGUCCUUGGAAUCGUUUCUUCCUUGACAAUGAAUUGAGACUCACAAUAAAACAGGAUGUUGUUCGAACUUUUCCUGAGAUAGAAUUCUUUAAGGAGGAAAAGAUUGAAGAGAUGAUGGUUAACAUUCUAUUCUGUCAUUGUCGUAAACAUCACAAGCUUUCUUAUAAACAGGGAAUGCAUGAGUUAUUGGCCCCAUUCAUAUUUGUACUACAUUGUGAUCACCAAGCAUUUGAACAUGCCACAGAGCUGGAGCAAGUCUCUGGAUUAAGUGAACAUCAAAGGGAACUAGUUAAAGAAGUACUCAACCCACAAUAUUUGGAACAUGAUGCAUAUGCCUUGUUCUGUAAGGUGAUGGAUACAGUGGAACCAUGGUAUGUCUCUAGAGACAUCUAUCCUGCCAAGCCCAGCAAAACAGAGAAGUUUACUAAGACUCCAUUCACCCAACCAUCAUGUGACUACCCUACCAAUGUCAUUGUAACCAAACUUAAUAUCAUACAAAGUGAGAUACUCAGUGAACAUGACAUGGAGUUGUACAAUCACUUAGAGAAAUAUGAGAUUGCUCCACAGGUCUAUGGCAUACGCUGGAUCAGGCUGUUGUUUGGACGUGAGUUUCCGAUGCAGGAUCUUCUAGUCAUGUGGGAUGCCUUGUUUGCAGAGAGUACAACCUUUGACCUUGUGGACUAUGUGUUUGUUGCUAUGCUGCUUUAUAUUAGAGAUAUCUUGCUAGAGAGUGACUACCCUACAUGUAUGACCACCUUGAUGCGAUACCCCCCAGUAGGAGAUGUACAUUUCUUUGUAGAGAAAGCUCUUCACCUUCAAAACCCCCAGCAAUAUCCCAAACCUCAUAAUUACACAUACCAGAAGCUGCAGCAUGUUAGGCAACAGAGUAAACAAAAAGAUGCAUCUGCAGGUAGUUGGGCUAACAUGUUAAAUCCUGCUGCUAACAUGAUGAAAUCUGGCUUAACUUCUCUAACUAAGAACAUUGAAAAGAUGAACACUGGUAUUAGUGCAGUCGGCACUCGUCCUGCUAACCUAACAUACAAACAAAAUGCCUCUGAACCAGCAGUGUCACCUAUUGGCAAAUCUUCUAGUGCCCCUUAUUUAGAAUCUGAGUCAGGAGACACUGUAGUAAAUGGUGUUCAAAGAAAAUCUUCCAUGAAUGAACAUGCGAGACCUUCAGCAUCAAGUAUGGCACGUUUGGAAUCCAAGACACCAGCCCUUAGUGGUAGUCUUCAAAACCUGGAUCAGAUGACUCCAGAGGACCCACCACCCAGUGGCUCCCCCUUUAAAUAUGCAACAUUACCCUCUAGGGCAAAAAUAAAUAAAAAGAAAUCAUCCAAAGAGGAGGUUGAACUUCAGCAGAACCUUGCCUUAGUCCAGGGACAGCUGAAUGAGUCCCAGGCCAUGUGUACAUACUGCGCAGGAAAGAUGGAUGAACAGAUAGGGAAAAUUCAGACAACAUUGUUGAGUCAGAAGUUGAAGAAUGAGGAUGAGUUACUGCUUGCUUUAGCUGGUCUUAAGCAGGUUAGAGAUAUCCUGAAAGGAACAUUAAAAUUUUCCCAGAAUUUACUACAUCUGGAUGAGCUAGAAAUAAGUGAUAACCAUUACAAACAAGAACCAAGACUAACAACAGAAUCAAGCAAACUGAAAUCACAGAUGUUUUACAUGAGUAGUGGCAAUAACACCCCUAGUAUAAGCUCCCCAGAGGAAGCCCUAGAGCUACCACUUAAGAGGCCCCCUAAACCUGUUAAGGAUCCAGUGCCAUCUAUUCCCACCCCAACUGAACUAAAAGACUUUAAAGACCUCCAUACUGAUACUGAAGCCCUCAAGUUUGGGGAUGUCAACAAAAAUGUGGUGAAUCACUCAGAAAUGAAUCCAUUCCACGAUGAUUCAGGAGAAUACGACGCUAGUUUAAAUCCAUUCGCAAAAAACUCAGAUGAACAUAAUCCAUUCCAUGAAGAUGAACCUAGAGAUGACUUCUCCAUGUUGUUGGAUGCUCCUAGUAUGUUACAGUCCUAGUAUUCCAUAUGCAUGCUCUCCUUGUGAUUUUACCAGUAUUGACAAAUACAUGUAUGUAUUAUUUAAAACGUGAAUGUAUCAUAUGGGGGAAGCCUCCUUGAGAGAUUAUGGCAACCUACCUGAAACUUAAGCAAGUGAUGCCUGGAUCAAAUUUACUCCAAUUCAUUGGCUGGCGCCCAGCCAAUUAAGUAUUUUAUUCGAAACUGAAUACAAUUUCAAACAGAAUACUCACUCGGCUGGGCACUGGCUGAUGAAUUGGAGCAAAUGUGACCCAGGCAUGACAUGCAUAAUAUCCUGCCCAUUUCUUGGC